CCCGCCCCUGCCUUCCAGUGUGAUUGGGCGGUUGGGCGGGAGCGGCGACAUCCGGGCCCUCGGGGAAAGGCGCAGGGAGCGGCGGACCCGAGAGGGAACCAGCCCGGGGCUGGGAGGGUCCCGGGCGCGAGCCGGAGACGGGCGCCAUGGCGGAGCCGCGGAAGGAGGAAGAGGAGGAGGCCGAGGAGCGGGGAAAGCGGGAGCCGGGCCACCGGGCCACCGUCGCGGCCAAGAACCUGGCCAUCCUCAAGGCCCGCUCCCUGGACGUCACCUUCGAGGUGGGGGACGAGUACGAGGUCAUCGAGACCAUCGGCACCGGGGCCUACGGCGUGGUCAGCUCCGCCCGCCGCAGAUCGACAGGCCAGCAGGUGGCGAUCAAGAAGAUCCCCAAUGCCUUUGAUGUGGUGAUGAACGCCAAGCGCACCCUCCGUGAGCUCAAGAUCCUCAAACACUUCAAGCACGACAACAUCAUCGCCAUCAAAGACAUCCUGAAACCCGCCGUGCCCUAUGACGACUUCAAAUCUGUGUAUGUGGUGCUAGACCUGAUGGAGAGCGACCUUCACCAGAUCAUCCACUCCUCCCAGCCCCUCACGCUGGAACACGUCCGAUACUUCCUCUACCAGCUGCUCCGGGGCCUCAAGUACAUCCACUCGGCCAACGUCAUCCACCGGGACCUGAAGCCCAGCAACCUGCUUAUCAACGAGAACUGCGAGCUGAAGAUCGGCGAUUUCGGCAUGGCCCGGGGGCUGUGCACCAAGCCGGACGAGUACAAGUACUUCAUGACGGAAUACGUGGCCACGCGGUGGUACCGGGCCCCGGAACUGAUGCUGUCCCUCCACGAGUACACGCAGGCCAUCGACAUGUGGUCCGUCGGCUGCAUCUUCGCCGAGAUGCUGGGCCGCAAGCAGCUCUUCCCCGGGAAGAAUUACAUCCACCAGCUGCAGCUGAUCAUGACGGUGCUGGGCACCCCGUCCGCCAAAGUGAUCCACGCCAUCGGGGCCGACCGGGUGCGCGCCUACAUCCAGAGCCUGCCCUCCCGCCAGCCGGUGCCCUGGGAGAGCCUCUACCAGCAGGCCGACCGCUCGGCCUUGGCGUUGCUGGCCAAGAUGCUGCGCUUCGACCCCCGGGAGCGGAUCGCCGUGGCCGAGGCCCUCAAGCACCCCUUUGUGGCCAAGUACCACGACCCGGACGACGAGCCCGACUGCGUGCCCGCCUUCGAUUUCGACUUCGACAAGCAGGUCCUCAUCAAGGAGCGCAUCAAGGAGGCCAUCGUGGCCGAGAUCUGCGACUUCCACGCCCGCCGCGAAGGGAUCCGCCGGCAGAUCAGUUUCAAGCCCGCCCUCCGGCCGGCCGCCGCCGCCACUUCCCCACCCGCUGCCGCCGCCGCCACCCCCUUGCGCUGCCAGGACGUGGACAUGCCCAGUGCAGGCUCCACUGGGGGAGACUACGCCAUGGAGUCGCCAGCCCCCGGGGAAGUCCCGUACCCUCCGGAGACCAUUGACCUGACCUCUCCCGGGGCUCCCCCCCACCCCGAGGGGCCGGCCGAGGUGAAGGCGGAGCCGGAGGCCGCGCCGCCCAAGAGGGAGGGGGCCAUCUCGGACGACACCAAGGCGGCGCUCAAGGCUGCGCUGCUGAAGUCGGCUCUGCGCAAUAAGAACAAAGGUGCAAGGCUGGGAUGCCUGGGAGGUCCAACUACGGGCUUAAAAUCCAUGGAUCGACGACAGGGAGAGAAGAAGGAGGAUGAGGAGCAGGUGGCAUCAUCCCAUAGAUUUGAAUUCCAGCGUUCGCCAGCAUGCACUCCGGUCACGUUCACGGCGUGA